AGGAACCCCCCGCCAGCUCCCGUCCACAGGACAAUUGCUGUUAUGGCUGACCAGUACACCCACGUCGAGCUGUUGACGUUGCACGGUCCCGAGUACCGUCGCGUCUCGACCGCUCCGCCUCGCCUGCCCCGCGACGACGAAAUCCCCAUCCUCGAUCUCGCUGGUAUCGACGGCGAUGACGAGGUCCGCCUCGCAUUGGCGGCCAAGGUUCGGGCAGCGGCCCAAAACACCGGCUUCUUCUACAUCAAGAACCACGGCAUUCCUCAAGAGCUGAUCGACAGCGCCCUCACUCAAGCUAAAGCCUUCUUCCACCAGCCCGAGGAGGAGAAAGAGAAGGUGUCCAACUUCAAGCUGAAAAACAUGGACGGAUAUCACGCGAUGGGAACCACCCAAGUCAACCAAACCGAAACCAAAGACCGCAAAGAAACCUUCUCCCUCCGCUACAAUGCCCGCAACGACCCAACCGUGGAUCCGUCCGAAUACCCUGCCGAUGUCUGGGACGACUCGCCCAUGUGGGCCGGUACCGCCCACCUCCCCAACUUUCGCGAAACCACCAUCGCCUUCUGGCAAGCCCGCUUAGCCUUGGCCAGGAAGAUGGUCCGCAUCUUCGCCUUGGCCCUCGACCUUCCCGAGACCUACUUUGACGACGUCGUCACUCACCCCGGGGCCGACGGCCUCUACGUCCACUAUCCCCCGACACCGGAGUCAGAACUGGACAAGGAAGACGUGGACGUUGGAAUUGGGUCACAUACGGACAUCCAGUGCAUCACGCUGCUGUGGCAGGAUAUGUCAGGGGGGCUGCAGGUCCUGUCGUCGUCGGAUGAAUGGUUAGAUGCACGUCCCAUUCCGGGCACCCUGGUCGUCAACAUUGGGGACUUCCUGCAGCGGCUAUCGAAUAACCGGUUCCGGUCGACGGUCCACAAAGUCUACAACCGCCAGAAGACGUCCCGGUAUUCCAUGCCGUUCUUCUUGGGGUUCAACCCGGAGUCGGUGUGCAAGGUCGUGCCGACGUGCGUAGAUGAGGAACACCCAGCUUUAUAUGAGCCCAUCUCCUGUGGACAAUGGCAUCGCAAUCGCCUCGCGCUUGCACAGGGGACCACUGUUGCGACGUGACCUACAGGUCACCUCGGGAAUGAAUUGGAACGGUCCCUGGAUCUGACAAAGACCUCUUAAAGUCGAGAUUUUCUGUUUGGGACAGCAUUGGCGAGAUAAACAAGGUGACAAGUUGGCACUAACCACUCCUUACAGCUGGGAUUUACCUAGACGUAGUAGAACAAUGUGAGAGGCACU